CAUAUGCAAAAUCAAAACAGCUGACUGUCAAAAAGCGGAAGAAAUUGGAAGUGAUCGAAAUUUGUUUGUUAUUUAACAAAAUUAGAAAUCGAAAAAUUGAAAACUAGAAAAUGUCUGGAAGAUUAAUACUACGACAGCUAUUCCGUCAGGCGGGGAUUGCACAACGUAUGUCAGUAAUUAAACGAUAUGAAAGCGCCUCAACAGCUACUGGUACAACCAGCAACACCAAACAGCCCACAUUCAAUAAGGACACAUUGAAGCAGCUUGUAAAUACAAAUAAAGUAGUAAUAUUUAUGAAGGGUAAUCCCGAAACACCAAAAUGCGGCUUCAGCAAUGCAGUGGUGCAAAUAUUACGAAUGCAUGGUGUACAAUACGACGCACAUGAUGUGCUUCAAAGCGAUGAACUGCGACAAAGUAUCAAAGAGUUUUCCGAUUGGCCCACUAUCCCCCAGGUCUAUAUAAAUGGCGAAUUUGUGGGUGGAUGUGAUAUUUUAUUGCAAAUGCACCAAAGUGGAGAUUUGAUCGACGAGUUAAAAAAGGUUGGCAUAGAAUCACUCCUGCUGACAGAAGCUCAAAAUGCAGACAAAGGCUCUCCAAAAGACACUAAACCCGAUCAAAAGUGAAACCUUUGAGAUUUUCCAUUUUUAAAAAAUUUGUUGGUCGCUUAUGUAAUUUUUGCGAAUUAAUAUUUAAUAAUUAUUCGUUUACAUCAUGAAAUACGAAUAAAAUGACGUUGAAUUUAGUAUCUUAACCAA